GCAGAAUUGGAAACAAUGAUAGACUCAAGUUAAAUGCGAGAUUAUAUUCUCGCGUAUCUUGAACACUCUUCACUCAAAUCAUGGAUAUCCACCGCGCCAGAUUUAUACCAUACCCAUCUUCGGCAAUCAACGCUCUCGCCUUUUCCGCUAUCAACGACGGUGAGCUCGCGAAAGGCGGCUUGAAGAACCUUCGAUUGGCAGUCGGCCGUGCCAAUGGUGACAUUGAAAUAUGGAACCCGUUGAGGGGUGCAUGGGUGCAGGAAACAGUUUUUCAUGGAGGCAAAGGGAGGACGAUUGAAGGCCUUUUGUGGAUACAGGAACCAAAUGAAUUUGACACGGAGGGCAGAAUUACUUCCACAGGCCAGUUACGACUGUUUAGCAUUGGCUACUCAAGUGCUGUUACCGAGUGGGACUUGGGCACCGGACUGCCGCUUCGACACUCUACCGGCAAUCUGAACGAGAUUUGGUGCUUUGCGGCGCAACCACGACUACAUGUAACCGAAUCUAGAAAAGCUGCGAACGAAGGAAAGCCACGAGGCCAAGAUAUUGUAGUUGGCUGCUCCGAUGGCUCUAUCGCCCUCUUGUCCACCGCCGAUAACGACCUGCACUUCCAAAAGUAUAUUUCAAGACCGCACGGGAAAGACGUUCGCCCUCUGAGCAUAUCCUUUCGAGAUCGUUACACGAUCGCGGUGGGCUUUAACAAUAGCACAUUUCGGAUCUAUGAUAUCAGAAAUUCAAAGGUCAUACGUACUGUCUCGUUAGGAGCUGGUUCAAAAGGCGGUCCUAAAGACCUUCACGUCUGGGCCAUACGAUGGUUGCCAAGCGGAGAGAUUGCUUGCGCUGAUUCCGCCGGUGACUUGCGUUUCUUCGACUCGAAGCUAUUUACUCAAUACCAGCGCAUCAACGCCCAUCGUGGUGAUAUUUUCAGCAUUGCGAUUAGUCAUGACGGCUCCUCAUUAUUUACUGCCGGUGCCGACCGAAGAACGUCCAUUUUUCGGAGAGGACGGUCGGGACGACAGUGGAACAAGCAGACCCACAAGUUCUACCAUGAUCAUGACGUUAAAGCUUUGGCUGUAUAUGACGGGAACAAAACGCAGCAGAUGAGUUUUCUAGCGUCUGGCGGCCUUGACACCAACUUAGCAAUUGUUCCCAUUCAGCAUUAUGGCGAAGAAUACCAUAGAGGUAUUUCAGGCUUGCCUCAGCUACCGCCAGUCACUAGUUCAGAGGCUACACGCCUCGUCGCAUGUUGGCACGGACAAGAGGUUGACAUCUGGAAAAUACAAAGUCAGGAUGGGGACACAGGUAAUGGAGGUGCUCCUCGUCGAUUAGUUCACAUGACUAUUAAAGGCGAAGAAGCCAUCGCAAAUGCCUCUCUAUCAAAAGAUGGCGAACUCAUUGCCAUAUCCACGGCAGCGGUGACCCAGCUAUUCAGGAUAUCUCGGAUCGAGGAUGGACCCAAGGAGAAAUUACAAAUUGUGAAACUUACCACUGAAGCUCCGCUGGAUGCAGGUCGGAUCGUGCAAAUUUCGGGCGACCAGAAAUGGCUGAGCAUAGUCACUCACAACAACGACGUGCUUGUAUUUCGAUUGAGUCGACAGGAGAACGGCGUGCAGCUUUCAAAGCAGCCGUUCAGGUUGGAGCGCAUCAAGCGUGGCUCUGACACAUCAUCUUUGGGAUCUUAUCGCAGAAGGAUAUCUCGGUUACAAUUUUCCCCCGACAGCAAGGUCCUCGUUGUGGCUGACCUGGCUGGCUUUAUUGAUUGCUGGCAGCUUGAGGGUAUUGAGGAUACCUCGGCACCGGAUGUUGAAAUGAUUGAUGUUGGCGAUGACACGUCCGACAACUCUUCAAGCGAUGAGGACGACGACAAUGAUCAGACUGAAAUGAAGUCCUUUGGCCAGCAUUGGACUCGAAUGGUGGCCUCCAAGGCGUUACCACAGCUGGACUCCGCCGCUCUUUUCCUAACAUUCCGACCUGGAAGGCGCACCAAGAAAGCCGAAGCAAACGGAACGCCACGGAAGGAAAUUAAUGGCAUCAAAACGAAACAUGCUCCUAAACAAGCUGUCGUGGAGCGUGAUGACGACGCGCUAGUGGAGCAGACGAAUGACAAAUACGAGCUCUUCGUCCUGACUGCCAAACACCAACUAUACGAAUUUGAUCUGGCAACGGGGCAGUUGACGAGUUGGUCGCGCCAAAACACGACCGAUUGUCUUCCCGACACGUUCCAAAAGAUCAAAGACAGGGCGAUGGGGUGUUAUUGGCACACAACACUACAGGCUCAGCGUCUAUACGUAUAUGGAAGCAACUGGCUCUUCAUGCUGGACGUUAUGCAAGACUUUGUUCCGGAGACCAAAGACGAAGAACCAGAAUCGGAAAAUGGUGGCCUUAUUGCUAGGCCGCAAAAGAGGAAUCGACAAGGCAAAAGCGGCGCCGGCGACAAGAUCCGCGACGAGGACUACGUGGGGUUCAAGCCCGGCGUGGAAAGCAUCCAAGACGGGGAGCCAGUCAAAAAGAAAAGGAAACCGGCCGAUCAGACACAGCCGCUCAACGGACAGCAGACGGACAGAGAAGACGACGAGGAUGUGGACGCAGACGAGGAGCCGGCGAGUAAGAACCUGCGCGGCAAGCGAAGUCGAGGCCAGGAAGCGGACGGCGAGGGCGAGCUGGGGGACGGCCCGCGCAAGACGUGGCAUUCUUUUGCCUACCGACCUAUCCUUGCUGUGAUCCCGCUGCAGGAGACAGCCUCGUACAUAGAAACGGUCGUGGUGGAGAGACCAAUGUGGGAGCUCGAUCUGCCGCCCAGGCUGUUGGGCCCGCACGACAAGGCCAGAUAGCGACGGAGUAGACGUCGGGAAGAAUGGGAUCAUCAAAAGACCGCAGUCGUUGCAUUGUAAAAAGCUUGUUUCAUAUCGCGCCGAAUGACUUGUGCACAACGAACC